GCUGCCCUGACCCGCACCGAGCGGCGAGGCCGGCACGACGAAGCUGCCGGGAAAACGUGCCUCCUCCGCUUCCUGACAGAGCUGCCAGGCUGCAGAAUUGUUACAGAUCAUGUUUUGUAUGAACAGUGUGACAUUUAUGAUGAAAAGAGCUGCUUAAUUUCAAGAUGCUUUGACAGCUGCUUCCUCACCAAAACCUGCUAAGUGUCAGAUGGUUUGACACUUCUCCCUUCUUCAAGGGCAACACUGGCCAGAAGAGGACUUUUGGUGAUCGUCUACAUUUUCUUCCAAAGAAGAAGCAGUUUAUUUGAAGAUAUUUAUUUAGACUACUAGAAAAUUGCCUGCAGAAAGAUAAUUUAUCUUCUCCCAAGGAAAAGGGAGAUGAAUGAUGAAUCACUUCGUGUUUCUGGCAGUAUUGCUCCACUUGAGGACUUGGUGCACUGCAUACUCACAGCAAGAAUCCCUUGUGUUUCCAGUAACAUAUCUUAAUGUUCACAAGGAUUUGCCUCUUCAGCGUCUGCUUGUGGAGUGGGAUGUUGACAAGUCAGCGCGUGAUGCUGAGCUGGUAAUGUCUUUUGAAAUACAAGUCCGUCGAGCAGAAGAAGCUAUUGUGUGGAGAGAGUUUCUUAAUGCCACACUCGAUAAAUCAGGAAAGCCUCUUCACUGGAUGUGGAAUUCAGACUUACCUUUGGAGUGUAUGUCACAUUCAGUGAGAAUCAGGAGUAAAGCAGAAGUAUCAAAAACCUGGAGUCAGUGGAGUCCGUGGGAGACUAUCCAGGGUCUGGAUACUUCAAAUAUCAGUGAACCAAGAAUCUUUCCGGACGAAAAAAUUAUUGAGGAAGGCUCUGACAUCAGUCUUUGUUGCAUUGGAAGGAAAGGUCAAAUCAUAAAGGAAUUUUUUUUAAAUUCACCUAUUCCUUAUUUCAAUCGCACAAACAGCCAAGUUGGACUUCUCAUUGCAAAGAAUGUGAAGUUUAAAGGAGUGCCUCACGUCCUCUGUAGAGAGUCUUGCAGUGAAGACAAUUGCUUUGCACAUGCAGUUUUCUUUGUGGGUAGACCACCCGAUACACCUCGUGAUUUUUCUUGCCAAACUCGGAACAUGAGAGAAAUAACAUGUACCUGGGAUCAAGGACGAGACACCUACCUGUACGGAAGUCACUCAUCAAAAUACAAGUUGUCUGAACAGUUUUCCAAAACUUCUGUUCCAUGCACAGUAAAUUGUUCCGAGAGGUGCUCAUGUUCUUGGAAUGUAGGGAAGCAGAGGAUCUAUAAUAUCACCCUGACUGUUGAAAACCCACUGGGACAGAGAACUACUAUGGAUGUUUUUGAUGUUGCUCACAGAAUUCAUCCCCUGCCACCUUUCCAGCAGUGGGAAGAACACACAGAGACAGAAAUCGAGUUACACUGGGAACAAAAGGAAAAGGAAAUUGAACUCUUUUGUCAAGCUGAAGUGUGGCAACCCAAUGGAAAAGCAAAACUGUACAACAGUUCAGAUACACAACUAUAUCAUAACAGCAUCACUCUUGGUGGACUGCAGCCCUACACCAGUUACACAUCUAGAGUACGUUGUGGAGCAGCUAAGCAUUUCUGGAGAUGGAGCGAAUGGAGCAAAGCCCACUCCUUCCGAACAAAGGAGAAAGCUCCAUCAGGGAAACUGGAUGUCUGGAGAAAAAUUACACCAGCUCUGCAGGGGCGGAACGUGACCUUGUUCUGGAAGCAAGAAGCAGGUUUUCGAGCGAAUGGAGAAAUUAUUUCAUAUGAAGUAACCUGGGAAAAAGUAGUAGACAGAUUUAAGCCUGAACAUAUUUCCCUUUCAUCAGAUCGUAAUAGUACAAGGAUUUUCAUUGAUAAUCAUCCCUACAGAAUCAGUAUAAUGGCAAGGAACAGUGUUGGUUAUUCACAUCCUUCAGUGUUGAUCAUCCCUGGAGCUACAGAUAUUGAAAAGAAGCUCAACAGUUCAGAGCUUAAAGAAGAGCAUGUUAAUGGUACAGAUGGUGGCAUUUUGAUUUCCUGGAAGCCCAGAGAUAAAUCUGACAGUUACAUUAUUGAUUGGUGUAACUUUCCAAUGCUGCAGCCUUGUGAUUUGCAAUGGAGGAGAUUUGGACCCAACACUUCCAGUGCUCUGAUCAAAUCAGCUGCUUUUGUUCCUGGGGUGAGAUACAAUUUCCACGUCUAUGCAUCUGCUGCUAAUAGAGCCUCCUUACUGGAGAAGAAGACUGGUUAUCUCAAGGAGCUUCCUCCUCGAUUUGACCCCGAUGUGAAAAAAAUAGAACUGAGUUAUCAUGAAGUAACACUGUAUUGGGAUCCUUACCCCACAGAUGAGAUACACCCUGGUUUCUUAAGAGGUUACCAUGUUUAUGUGUCACCUGUGCAAGAGGGCUGCAAUUUGAAAGGAUCCAAAAAACAUGUUCUUGAAGGUGGUUCAGUGGUAUGUAAAUUCACAAUUGAAAACCCAGAAGAAAAAACAUACACUGUGAAGCACUUGACGUCGAACACGAAAUACAAGCUGGCCAUUAAAGCAUAUACAGGCGGAGGAGAAAAUUCUGCUACCAACUUCAGAUACAUCGAUACACCACUUGACUCAGACAUGCUGUACCUUCUAGUCCUGCUUGUGGUAGUUCCUUCAUUAAUAAUGGCUGUAUGCCUCUGGAAGAUGAAGUGGGUGAAGGAUUGCUGCUGUCCUGUGAUACCUAGUCCUAACAAGAGCAAAGUGCUGUCAUUCAAAGAGUUUAAAAUCGGUUCUGAGAAAGUACUAAAGCUAAGUGACUGCAUUCCUGACACCCUAUCACUGGAUAAUAAGGCCGAGGCCAAAAAAUUACAUCCACAGAGCCUGAUGUCUUCAACGCCAACAGAAGAUAAGACCGACGAUCAGAAUCUUUCCUCAGUUUAUCAUAACAAAAGUGAAGAGAGAAGCUUUACAUCCACACCUACACCUCAGACUCACACUUGGUUUGAAAAUUUUGCUUAUUCUUCUCAUCUCGCAGUUGAAACCAAUCCCUCUGAAGCACCAGAGACACUACAAAGCUGCAAGGGAGAACUGUCAGCAGUGUCGUACCAGCCACAGUACUACCUCAACAUUUUGAAUGAUGCUUCUACCUCAUCACCUGGAGAAGCAGCUGGCAGGAAGACCAACCUGAGAUACAUUUCACAAACAGACGUGCACUGCAUUGGAAGGAGGCUUUAAUGUACCCUCUUUGACUGAGUCUGUCUAUUGGUUGUGUCAUAGAGUACAAACAGGAAUUCCUGAAGGCACAGCAACUUCUCAUUCCGAUACAGGUUUUCACAAGCCCACAUGUCCUAGUCCCGUUAUCUCUGCAAAGCUGUUCAUUGAUGACUAGUACAAGAAUACUGGCUUUUGCAGUGGAAUGCUGCAUGCUGUCAUUUGAUCAGAAAUUACUGGCUUUAAGAUUUGCAGGCUAAUGUUUUGCAACCUGCGAUAUGCAGUGGGAGCCAUUCUCCCAUCAGGGCAGCUGUUUGUGGAGGAGUUACCAACACACUCAUAGUGCCCAUAGCCUUUUUUUGGCAUUAACCCUUGCACGUAGCGAACUCCAGACAACUGUGUAAGUAGACACGAGUCAGAUGCAGUUAUAUUAAUCCCCUUUGCAAAGAGCACAUUCAGGCUCUCUAAUAGCUAGAUCUUCAGAUAGUAUUGUUUGCAUGUUAAAAAAAAUAGUCUUCCUCCAGCUGGCAAUGAAGGAAGGGCCUGCUGGCUGUGAUUUUGAAACUCACAAAGACAUUCCUUUUGGUCCUUGCACAUUUUAGCUUGCAGCAUUUGCAGAAUCAUGAAUUGAGCACUACGGCUUUUUGAUAACUGAGAAUUUGAACAGCAUACUGAGGUGAACUUGGUCGUCUUAUAUGUUGGUAAGGAAGCACAACAGACUGUAUCCAAAAGUCCUUCAUUUCAAAAACAAAACAAAACAAAACAAACUUGAAAGGCUAACUAAAAUCACAAGUUUUCUGAUCAGGUAUCUAAGGAAUUCUCAUAUAGGACUCAGUGAAAAAGUCAGAUUGUCCCACAAACCACAUAUUAAUGUUUGACGUGGCGCAGGUUCUUUAUGGCAGAGGGGAUGGCUCUAACAAGGCAUCAUUUCCUACUUCUGAGCUGCUGCUGCUGGGGCUUGGCUGCAGGAGUAGAGCAUAAAGUGGCAUGGAUAUUGUGGGUGGAGGUCAUGCAGCUGGUACCGCCUUCCUGAUGGGGGGUGAUGUACCUGGGCCUGGCUGGAGCUCCCACCAUCUCAGCGCCAGCAAAGGUCCUUUGGUCUUUCCUGGACUGAAAGAUCUUGUCAUUUGGAAGCACAAGAAGAGCUUACCAGCAGGUACAGGCCUGCCUGGCAGCCUGAGUGGUUAGCUGCUCUGCCUGUAACAUACAAACCUUCCUGUGGGUUGCUCAUGACAGCUCAUUUCACAAAACAUAGGAACAGACUAUUUCAAAGAGAACAAGGCUUUUGUGUAGGUGGAAGGGUAUAGUGAGGGCAUUAGAAAAGUAUUUCUCACAUGGGGAUAGAAAGGCAUGUAAGUGGUUGUUUUUUUUUUUUUAUGUUUUUGUUUUUCUCCAAGACAUCUGUCUUGUAUUAAUAAUGGUUGAUUGUGUUCAAAACUGAAAGAUUUAUUUCUUGUAUCUUGUUUAUAAUUCAGCUUUCACAUCUGUUGUUGAAAUGCUAACACUUGAACUGUACAAACAUCACAUAAUGGAAAGUGACUAAUUCUCAGUAUCAGUAGUCUGAAGUUUUAAAAUAAAAAUGGUGUACAAAAUA